GGAAGAGUUACUGGGUGUUUUUAUAAGUAGGGUCUUGUUUGCUCAUCUCUUCAUCAGCUCCACGUUUGGCCUGGUUAAUGAUCAUCAUGAUUCGUGCAGCUGCGAUUCUCUGGGUCUUGUCAGCAGUGGUCUGUGUAGGAAAAGGUCAUCACUAUUUUUGUCAUGUCCAAAACACUACCGUGGAGCGCUUCCUCAGUGGAACAGCAAUGAUGAUAUCGGCCAACAAUGAAUUUGCCUUCCACCUGUACAGGGAAUUAUCAGAACUUUCUGACUAUCAAGGCAAAAACAUCUUCUUCUCACCUAUUGCUGUAUUUGUGGCCUUGGCUGAUUUGUCUGUAGGGGCACGAGGAGAGACCCACCAACAGAUUUUAAAUGUUCUGGGGUUGAACAGCUCGCAACUGUCCCAAACUGAUGUAGAGGAACCAAUUUGUGACAUUGUGAACAGCAAACAGGCAAAUGAAGCCCUCACUGCAGGUACUACUGUGUUUGUAGACGACCUGUUCAAGCCUCAGCCUGAGUUCCUGGAUGUCUUGAAUCAGUUUAAAAUCGCUGACUACCGCAGUGUUGAUUUCACUAAACCCAUUGAUGCUGCCAGUACCAUCAAUAAGUACGUUUCAGAUAAGACCAAUGGAACGAUUAACAAGGUGGUUGACAGCCUGGAUCCAAGCACAGUCUUGUAUGUCCUUAGCUACAUUUACUACAAAGCAAAGUGGGUGAUUGGGUUUGAUCCUGCCCUGACAAAGUUGGAUGAAUUCAACGUGGAUGAAAAUGAAAAGGUUUCAGUCCAGAUGAUGAAAGUAGAAGAAUAUUUUUAUACUUUUGAUGAAGAAAUUAGCACAUUUGUCCUCAACCUUCCCUUCAACAACUCCUUCACCAUGCUGCUGUUGAUGCCUGAUAAUAUGACUACUCUGGAGAACAUGAUCAGUCCCACUCACGUUGAUAAAUGGCUGAAUGUGACGGAGUCUAGUGAGUGUGGCAUUUAUAUUCCCAAGUUUUCCAUCAAGACUUCCUACACCCUGAAUGAUGUGCUGAAGGAAAUGGGAAUGACUGACAUGUUUGAUCAUGCAAAUCUGAGUGGUAUUUCUGAAGUGCAGAACCUGAGUGUAUCAGAGGUUGUGCACCGAGCUGCCCUGGAUGUUGACGAGGCCGGAGCCACUGCUAAAGAAAUUGCCAUCUUUGAAUCUGCUUGCUUGAUGCCAGAUUUGAAGUUCAAUAGUCCUUUCAUGUUGAUGAUUGUUGAACGAAGUACAGAGACCAUACUUUUCAUGGGCAAGAUUUCCAACCCAAACCUCUGAAGGAAAAACUUUUGUGGUCAAGCACAGUUGUAAUAAACAUUACAUUAAAAGGAAA